GAAGACGGUGGGAAACACAAUGACGAAGAAACGCUCUUGCUGAUUCAGAGAUUCGUUUUUGUUACACUCGCCUGCUUAUAAUAACUGGAGCAGCAGCCUGCUGGUUAGACCCCAAAACCCCACCCUCCCACCUUGCCGACUCGGUGUUGCUGCUGCCGCUAGUGUUGCUGCGAGCGCCCGUUUCAGCAUGACGCUUCUGGGAAACAGGCACAUCAGCUUGCAGGCUACUGGCAGUCUGUGAAGUUUAUGGUUAAGCUUGACGUAAUUGCCCUUUAACUUGGGAGCUGCGUGUGCACGCUGCGAGCUGGGUUUCCCUUCGGCUGCUUCAGCCUGGAGAAACGAAAGAAAACGCAGCGCCGUUCUGACGCUCACCUUGCUGUGGAAACCCUGGAGGCUUUUGUGUGUAGAUGACAGGUAGACCUCACAAGAGAAUAGUUUCUCCUCACUUGACAUGAGGUUUGCCUCCAUUUUGCAGCAUGGAGUGAAGUUUCAGUAUGGCUGUCUAUUUGCUUCACAAAAUAUCACAUGCAGGAAUUUCUCACCUAUCUUUUCAUCUGAAAACAAGUUUUUUUUUUUAACCAAACCACCCAAGGGGCUUUGAAAAGACCAUACGAUAUGCCAUCAGCAUGUCUUUGCUUUUCUUUUGAUAGCAGAUAGUCUUGCAAGUGGAAAAUGUUGCAUCCGCAACUGAAGCCGCAUUGCACUUGCUCAAUAUCCAACAAAACAAACCCAAACUGCUGUGAAGACUGCAGCAGCAGCACUGGGUGUCAGUCCGGUGGAAGGAAGCCUGGCUCAUGUGCUCCUUCCUGCGAACUGUCUGAGAGGAACGGGCCGGCGUUGUGCUUCGUCUGUUUCAGCGAACGUCUCUAUAUGAGUCUCUCUGAAGCAGACAGCGCGCAACCCAAUGCACGGAGCUCGUUCCUUUUCAUGUGGCAGCCGCUUCUUCCCACCGAGAACACGCGGUGUGCUUUUGAAACUGCUGUAUCACUGUUUACCAACACGCAGGGCCACCCAUCCAUCAUGACACAGAUAAAGAAUACAUCAGAAAGCACGUUUAAUUGGGUCAGAGUCCGACUCGGUGAGAAGAGGGUCAGCUAUUUUUGCGUUCGACUGAAAAACGGCUCCCGACGGGCGAUGUUGCUCAAUCUUUCCUUUCGUGGAAUUUGAGAAAAGGUCUCUUUAUGUAGAAGAGAAGAGGGCGGUUAGUGAGGUAAGGGUCAGCUAGACCUCAAACUUCCUUUACAGGCAGGUGCAGCUAACCUACAUAACUACAUAAAGAAAGGUUUGCACAUAGACCCAAAGUCACCUGGUUAUGUUGAGAAAGAUUAGGAAGCAAAACCAAACAGAUCAGUUUGUGUAACUAAUCAGAGUGGCUGCUUCUCAAUUGACGAAUUUUAGUUUAGUGCUGAAUACUAAAAGGGAGGCGUGGGAGGCAGUGGGUGGUGAAUGCUCUGACAGCUUCUUGGGUUCGACGUGAAAAGGGUUUCUCAGACACAAGUCCACACCUCCUUCAGUUCAGAGCAGUCAGACUCGCAGACAACUUGUCCUCCCAGUAGGGUCCUGCACCAUGAGCUAUGACCAGAGGUACCCGUUCCCUCAGGUGUUCCUGGUGGACGAGGGCGGCGGUCGGGGUGAGUCGGCAACGCAGCCGAACCUCAUCCCAUGCUGGUCGUUUCCGCAGGCCCGGGAGACCGUGAGGAGCCGCAGCAAGAGCCGAGGCUGCAUGGGGGUCAGCUGCAGCCUGGUCAUGAUAGUGCUGAUGUUGUUCCUGCUGGUGUUCGCAGCCCUGGGCUUUGAAGCCUGGCAGAUCCUGAGACUCCAGGAAAAACUCAAAAAUAGGGUUGAACCUGAUCCCGUGACUGAGUCUCAUGGACCCCAGAAGCAAAUUGGUCUCUAUAACCCCGACUCAAAUGGAGAAGAGAAAACAGAAGAGAAAACCAAGAGACCCUCGGCUCAUGUUCUCGGGCGCACCGAGUAUCAUCCGUCCCAAAUGACUUUGCGAUGGGAACCGAAAGCAGGCCAGGCCUUCACCUCCGGGUCGGUCGCUUACAAAAUCGAAGAUGGUGCCCUGCAGGUCAACGAGUCGGGGCUCUACCACGUUUACUCUCGAGUGGAGCUGAUCUUCAAGAACUGCCACCCCACCUCCUGGUUCAAUCACGUCAUGUUCGUGAGGCGGGUGGGACAGUCCAAACCCCUGACUCUGAUGGAGGCCCACAGGUCGGGUUUCUGCGUCCAGAAACCCAACAGCCCGUGGACUGCAGAGAGCUACCUCGGCGGCGGCCUGGAGCUGAUGAAGUUCGACAGGGUCUACGUGAACGUGUCGCACCCGACCUAUCUCAGCCACUCACAUUAUGGCAACUUCUUUGGUCUGUACAAGAUCUGAAGAGUUUCGAUUGUUCCAGCUUUGUUUCAUUGUGCAGUAGUUUUGCUCUGAAUCAGGAGGAAAGCUUACUCAUAACUUCCACAAAGAGAUCCUUUGAUUGUAUUUUUCUUUAUCCGUUAUACCUGGACUAUAUAAAUAUAUAUACAUAUUCUUUUUUGCAAUAUAGAAACCCAAAGAUGACGGUGCACUUUUUUGUUCAUUGGCAGCUCAAAGCAAAACAGCACAGAGAAAUAAACAGCAUUUUUACACCUCAGGUUUUUUGCCUUCAUGGAAAAUGUCGAGUUAGUUGACACUAAGAUGCUGAUUUAGUAGCAUUUUCAGUAUUUAUUUUCGUCUGUAUGCCUGUAAUAUAGGAUAGGUGAUUUAUUUUUUUUUUAUAAUAAUAAUAAUAAUAAAGGAAUGUAUUAAGCAGA